AUGGAUUUACUUCUACGAGAGGAGGCUGGGAGAGCCCAGGACAUUGCCGAAAUUCUCAGUACGAUCAGGAGCAGCGAUCAAGAUCAUGAGCAGGACAUCACCUUGGCCAUCACGGGAUUGAACGGCUUGAGCUGGGCACUGCGGGAACUCAAUAACCAGAUCGACGCGGUGAGCGGCAAGGUCACCUCGACCUUUGCAGGCGACUUAAAACUCCUCCAGCACAGUGUUGCCUUCACCCUUCAAGACGUAUGGACCAUCCUAGGCAAGUUGCCUCGCGUCCCGGUCGCGGCCGACUACCAAGAUGCCUGGAAAGAAGUCGCCCGGUAUUGCAUGAACAUGGGAAAGCAGACCCUUCACACCCGACUAGAAACAUAUAAACUCUUCACAUACUCGCUAUGCAAGGUUCUCUCAAGGUAUGGUACUCCCAAAGCCCUGAACUGGCCGUCGCUCAGGAGCAUUUUUGGUUAG